CCUAAAUUAACUAGAUUAAAGAGACGGUGGAGAGGGAAGAAUAUCGCGAGGGCAACGAUCCUCCUGUCUCAUUGGUCGAUCGUAAAAAGACUUCAGAAUCUCUUCACCAUCGAGAUUAUUUAAAUUCCAGAUCAACGACGAGACAAGAGACAGGAUGGAAAAUUAUUCGACCUCAACUUCGGAGCAUCAAGAAACGUACGACAUGUGUCCCAAGACUAAAACUGCUCGAAACGCGUCGCCAAACGUGCGAGAGCGUGAGGCGGUGUCGUACCUGAAACGAAAAGGAAUUUACGACAUCGUCGAUUUCCUACUCGGCGAGCUUCUAGUGCGCCGACCCUACGAUCCUUAUGAAUAUAUGACCCAACUACUAGACAGACGCAUCUUAGCUCGCGAUGGCCUCGUUGAUUCCUCUCCUCCUUUCUGCUCUCGGGACAUAAUAAAACAGGCAAGGCAAGCAGAGCUGCCUACGGCUAUGGAAUUGUCCGAUGAGGGACAAACAAGGAAAUUUCUAAUGAAAAAACGCUACUUGUAAAACCCCUGUUUUAAAAAUAUAUAAAUAAAACAUAGAAUU